AUGGCUCAGACUGAAGCUGCAAAGAAGGCUAAAGAAUUCCAUGAAACACUGAAGGUUGACGCAGAGAAUCGUAUAGUUCAAAAAUUUCCUGAGCGAAUAAUACAUUUAAAUGAGUUACUCAAAAUGCCCGAGUUUCGUAUUGCUGCAACUGACAUAAAAUGUAAAUUAGAAAUUCCCACAAUUAUUAAAGUAGAAAAUAAUGUAAACAAUUGCGAAGGAAAAACUCAGGGGAAAAGGCCACGUUUAGAUUCAAAUUCACAUGAUACAAUUCCAGGACAAAUGCUCAUACCAGCCAAUAAAAAAAUUGUUGAAGUCAUUAAAAUUCUUAAACCCAAUAUCAAACAAUUAGCUGAAGACACCAAUGCUUUAAAAAUGUGGGUAUCAUUAUUAAUACCUAAAAUUGAAGAUGGCAACAAUUUUGGAGUAUCCGUGCAAGAAGAUACUCUUGCUGAAAUACAGCAGGUUGAGGUAGAAGCAACCAAUUAUCUUGAACAAAUGUCUCGCUAUUAUGCAUCUCGUGGUAAACUUAUCUCCAAGGUUUGCAAGUACCCGUAUAUUGAAGACUACCGGUGUGCUGUUGAAGAAUUGGACGAAAGGCAAUACUUAUCCAUGUCCCUUACCAUGCAUGAAAUUCGUAAUCGCUACUCAACAUUGCAUGAUAUAGUCAUCAAGAACUUUGACAAAAUAAAAAAGCCUCGGUCAUCUAACACUGACAGUCUAUAUUAA